UGACCAAAUAUAAAUAUUUGUGGAGACCAGAUAGAGACACAAUAAUCGAGCCAGCAGGGACAAAACUUGGAGAUGGAUUAUACCAGCCAGUGGGCAGUGUUGCGAGAGUUUAUGCUCUUUGCUACGUAUGGUGGAAGCGAGUUCAAGGGCAUGGGGUUUGGUCCUGGAAGUGGAGCCGAGGGGACGUUUGCAGGGACGAGGUUUCUGGGAGUCAUGGCCAAGAGUAAGGGCGAGUAGGCGCCGCCCAACUGUACAUUGUAAUAUCAAAAACAUCCACAGGAAUCCUGAACAUCUGGCACCCUUUCACGACAGAAGGAAAGAUCCCAAGCGGCUUGAGGCGGUGAAGUAAGAGCAUCACUGUCCAAACCCAUGCAGGCAGUGUAUUGUUGACUGAUACACGGAGUAGUACUGGCCAUGGUAAAAGCCUUGAAAGAGCAGAAAAUGAACUAAAAUUCUAUAGAUAGAAGCAGUGUGGCAGCACCAGCCAUUAGGCAGCGCUUGCUUCAUGGGAGGAGUACAGAGAUCAUAGCUUAUGCCCCAAGUGCCAGGCAGCUGAAAGAAAACAACUAUAGGAACCGGAACUAUCAAGC